AAGGAGGUAACCAUGAAUGAGCCACUAGACAAUUUAGCAAAUGCUUCUGAUUUUCCCGAUUAUGCAGCUGCUUUUGGAAAUUGCACUGACAAAAACAUCCCACUCAAGAUGCACUACCUCCCUGUUAUUUAUGGCAUUAUCUUCGUCCUGGGAUUUCCAGGGAAUGCAGUAGCGAUUUCCAUUUACAUUUUCAAAAUGCGACCCUGGAAGAGCAGCACAAUCAUUAUGCUGAACCUGGCCUGCACAGAUCUGCUGUAUCUGACCAGCCUCCCCUUCCUGAUUCACUACUAUGCCAAUGGCGAAAAUUGGAUCUUUGGAGAUUUCAUGUGUAAGUUUAUCCGCUUCGGCUUCCAUUUCAACCUGUACAGCAGCAUCCUCUUCCUCACCUGCUUCAGCAUCUUCCGCUACUGUGUGAUCAUUCACCCUAUGAGCUGCUUUUCCAUUCACAAAACUCGGUGGGCAGUGGUAGCCUGCGCUGUGGUGUGGAUCAUUUCACUGGUAGCUGUCAUUCCCAUGACCUUCUUGAUCACAUCAACCAACAGGACCAACAGAUCAGCCUGUCUUGAUCUCACCAGUUCAGAUGAACUCAGGACUAUUAAAUGGUACAACCUGAUUUUGACUGCAACCACCUUCUGCCUCCCCUUGGUGAUAGUGACACUUUGCUAUACCACGAUUAUCCACACUCUGACCCAUGGACUACAAACUCACAGCUGCCUUAAGCAGAAAGCUCGAAGGCUAGCCAUUCUGCUACUCCUCGUAUUUUAUGUAUGUUUGUUACCCUUUCAUAUCUUGAGGAUCAUUCGGAUCGAAUCUCGCCUGCUUUCAAUCAGCUGUUCCAUUGAGAAUCAGAUCCAUGAAGCUUACAUCGUUUCAAGACCAUUCGCUGCUCUGAACACCUUUGGUAACCUGCUACUGUAUGUGGUGGUCAGUGACAACUUUCAGCAGGCUGUCUGCUCAAUAGUGAGAUGCAAAGCAAGCAGGGACCUUGAGCAUGCAAAGAAAACCAGUUACUCAAACAACACUUGAAAUACUUCAUUUACUUAACCAAACAUAAAUACUUGCUGAUACUUUACCUAGCACUCCUAAUAUGUUCAGGAUGUCUUCCUCAAUGGAACUCCCGGUAAAUACUGUGUAUUCAAAUAACCAUGUGCCAAAGCCAGGGAAAGGCUUCUAGUUAUUUGCAAUCUCUUUAUUGAGCUCCUCCAUUGAAGAGAUAUAAGAAUGGGAUGCAGCAACCUAUUCAGAC